GCACUCGGUAGGUUGGGCUGCAAACGGUUCAUUAAUCUAAUUAUGAUCGUAAUUACCGUAAUUGAUAACCAUUUUGAACUAAACAUACCAGACUCUGGAAACUAGACGUAGCCCCACGAGUGAGCGUUUCUGAUAGCCCUGCAUCAGAAAAGAUGCUGGAAAUAUCUGAACUAUUCAGGUAGAGCAUCUGGAAAACAAAGAGGCAGUGUUCAUAAACUGAGGGCUUUUUAAGUUAUGCUUAUGUUUUGCUUUAGUUCGCGCAGGCUGCCAUAAUAUACCUUCCUCAUUGCCGUGAACUAAAGUACCCCCCUUCACCUCCCCGGGGGAGAAAGGGGGCGGUAGGAAAUAAGACGGACGCCGUGUCCUUAGCCCCCUCCUAAACUUUCCUAGCCUGGAGCAGAAAGCCAUCUUUCCCCGGUGAGGGUUGGUUCAGCAGGUACAGUGCCCUCCCGAGCGUUCCUGGCUGUCUCUCGGCGAAGCCCCCUGCCCCGCGGCGCCCGCAGAGGGGCUGUCCCCGUCUCGGUGUGUGUGUGUCCCCAGCCCUCCCUGCGCAGCCCCCGGCGGCGGUGACGGGGAAUCCUCCCCGAGAGGCUGGGAUAAAUACUCCGUCGUUAGUACAGCUGCAGGCGCCGGGAUCACAAGCUGUGAAAUUGCUUAACUGCGGCAGCUCCCGUGAGGAUGCCGGAGGAGCGGCUGCCCGGCCAAGCACCGACCGCGGGGAUGCGUCCGGAGGAGGAUUAAUCGACGCCCCCCCCCCCGCCCCGUCCCUCUCCCCCCGGCCCCCAGUCCCCCCGUCCCGUCCCUUCCCGCCGCCCCCCCGCCCCGGCCACCAUGAACACCAACGUGUGCGUGGAGAGCGGCCCCAACCCCGAGGCGCCGGGGCUGCCCAAGGACAGCCACCUGCCCGAGGGGGCCCUCAACAGCCUUGUGGAUUACAACUCGGAGAUGGAGAGGUACCGCUCCUUCGCCACCUUCUACAAGACCAACGGCGGCGCCUUCCCCCAGGCGGCCAAGAUCGCCCGCAUCACCACCCCCAUCUUCCCCAGCGCGGCCGCCGCCGCCGCCGCCCGCAUCGGCAUGUCCCCCUGGAACUGCGACACCGCCACGGCCGCCGCCGCCACCGCCAUGCUCUGGGGCAGCGGCGGCGGCGGCGGCGCGGCGGGCGGCGCGAGGAAACCCUCCUCCUCCUCCUCCUCCGCCGCCGCCGCCGCCGCCUCCGCGGCCGCCGCCGCCGCCUCCUCGCUGCACGCCGGCAGGGGCGGCAUGCACCACCGGAGCGACUCGCAGCGGCUGGGCAAGCCCGGCUGCCCGCCGGCCGAGCAGCCCGCCCUGCCCAUGGCCAACGGCAACUUCCUCUCCACCCUCGCCCCCGAGCACUGCCGGCCGCUGGCCGGCGAGUGCAUGAACAAGCUCAAGUGCGGCGCCGCCGAAGCCGAGAUCAUGAACCUCCCCGACCGCGUCAGCACCUUCUCGGCCAUCCCGGCGCUGGGCGGCCUCUCCCUGCCCCCCGGGGUCAUCGUCAUGACGGCCCUGCACUCCCCCGCCGCGGCCUCGGCCGCCGUCACAGACAGCGCCUUCCAGAUCGCCAACCUGGCGGACUGCCCGCAGAGCCACGCCUCGGCCUCGCCCGCCUCCGCCCUGGGCGCCGCCGCCGGCGCGGGGGGCGGCGGAGGCGGCGGCGGCGGCGGCGGAGGCGGAGGGGGGGCCGGCGGCACCGGCGGCGGGGCCGGGGCCGGGGCGGGCAACCCCGCCAAGAAGAAGCGGAAACGCUGCGGGGUGUGCGUGCCCUGCAAGCGGCUCAUCAACUGUGGAGUCUGCAGCAGUUGCAGGAACCGCAAAACGGGACACCAGAUCUGCAAAUUUAGGAAAUGUGAAGAGCUUAAGAAAAAACCGGGCACUUCGUUAGAGGUCAGAGGAGAUGAUUUCUUUUUCCCCAGCCUCCCGCCGUCCCUCCUCAACCCCCUGCCCCCGCCCCUCCAGUGCUUCUUGUCUAGCUUCAAGAUGCAGCAUCCCUUCUCCGAGGCCUCCUUCAGGCUCUGAGGGAGCCCCCGCCGCGGGCGCGGCUCCCCGCGGCGCGGCCCCGCCGCCCGCCCCUCUCCGCCCCGCAGGGAAGAGAAACGCCGCCUCCCGCGGCGCCCCGCCGAGCCGGCCGCUGGCCCCCGGCCCCGGGCCGAGGAGGGACGGCCGGGGGGCGCCGGCCCCCGCCCCGCCAGCUCGUGGCCGUGACGGAACGAUGCUAACCUGGUUUACCUGCCGUGCUGUUUCCAUAAGACUGCUGGCUCUCUGGUUCCUUUUUAUUUUUCUUAUUUUUUUAAAAAAUUUCUCUCUCUCCCCUUUUAUUUUUUUUCUUUUUUUUUUUUUUAAUUAAUGGCAAUCAUGACGAUUCGGGGCGGUUUGUAGAGCGGGGAGGUGGGAAAGGGAAAGUUUUAGCUGAACACCAGGUUCUCGCUGUCAGAAGUUCAGGGAAAGCAAUGGCAAGUUCUUCUCCAGGUUGGCUGGUAGCAAUGUGUCCCAGACAGACAACGGGCCAGGGAGCCCAGUAGUAGGUGAAACGCACCCAAGUGAUCUCUUUGGCAAUGCCCUUUAUGAAAUAACCUGCUCGUGGUGUAUUAAACACAAUGGAAGAAUAGCACAGGUAUGACUGAACUGAUUUCUGACUGAACUGUAUGUACGGUUAUUUUUACAACAUUUCCUCGGAACUGACAAUGUAUUGUGUUCCCCAAAGCUGUAACAACAGGUUUUCAGAUUUGCUAGACAUACGAGAGACAGGCAGAUCCCAUGUCGCAGACAUUUCAGUUAUUGUAUUGGGUACGACAGACAAUGGGAACCAAAAUACACAACCGUGAGGAAAAUGGCAAUUGGAUGGUAUCGUUAGGGGAAGGAAACAAGUGAAAGACUAGUAAUCAUACUUAAUUCCUUGUCAUUAUAAAAAUUAUAGUGUUGCUGCUUCGACACACAUCUCAGAUGCGUCUGAAGGUGUCGAGGAUGAUGGAUUUAGUACAGAGGAGUAGUGUGUGGCGGGUGACACCAAGAUUUGUAGUCACAGAAAUCAGCAACUAAGUGAGAAAUUGCAACUUCCCUCUCUCUCUCUGUGUGUGUGUGCCUGUGUGUGUUUGCAUAGCGGUUUAUUCCCUUGCUCAUUGCUCACAGGAGCUCUCUCCAAGAAGAGAUGGGAUGAGGGAUUCCAGGGAAGAAGCAACACUUAGAGCAAAUUAAUUUGUUCUGUGUUAAAUAAAUUGAGAUAAUAGUGUUGGUAUUGACACUGUCAUGGGACAAAAGCAACAUUUGGGGGUUCACUGACAUUUGGCUGAUAGCAUUAACUCUUUCCUAACCAGCCUCAUCAAAACAACUAAUUAACUCCUUCUUGUAAGAGUGAACUGUCCUUGCUGAAAGUUUAAUUUGUAGCUCUGCAUCCUUUUAGCUCUUUUUUUUGUGAAUGGUGACCCAGCAUCAGUAACACAAAAACCAGGAUGGACUUCCCAGAGGAUAGAAAUUAGACUGGGUUUUCAGCUCUUGCUUUUCUCAAUAAUAUGCCUUUGCUGGUUUUGCAGCAAGUUUGCAAAAAGUAUAGUUAACCCCCUGGUCUGUUAAUGCUGAGUAUAGCCUAAAAGAGACUCCCUGAAACAGAGGCAUAGAGAGUUCCCCCCAUACUACCCAGCACUGAGAGUGCCUUUGUGUGCCAAGUUCCCUCAUUAGGCUUGCAAACCAGGGUGCUGCUGGGAUUUAAUGUUUGUGAUAAAUGAUAGGUUCUGAUGGUUUAUCGAUCUGUGCAGAAAGUGAGCUAUCUCUGGAAGAAACGAAUUUGUACAUUAUCAGAUCUUCCUAUGGGUUUGUGUGCAUCUCUGAGCACAUUUCCAGAAGUUCCUUGCGCCUGACAAAGGUGUUUGGUAGUGUUAAAAACUUUUCAGGCGUGCUAUGAGAAUGCCUCCCGUUAAAAUUGUUUAACCACUGUGACUAGUAAAACCCAUGGUUUAAUUAGCCACUUGUGCUCCCAUAACCACCUGCCUUUGCUUCUUUUCUUCAUUCUCUCUUUCCCCCACUUGCUCUCCUGUUUGUGCUCUGUCAGAUACAUAAACACAAAAGCUCCUCUGCUGCUGCACUGUGACUUGAAGGAAACAGGUUUAAGGCAUCACUUCUCUGCAGGUCAUGGCCCAUCACAAAGUUUUGUCACAGGAUGUGGCUAAUUUCUUUACAGAGGUGUGGUCUGUCAGUAGGAGAGGAAGAAUAACUUAUUUACAUGGUGUUUUCCUUAUGUCUUCUUUCUUCUUUAUAAAGAAUUAAAAUCAAUAAAGUGACAGAAGGGCUGCCUACAGCACAGGUGCAGCAGUGGUGCUCUGGCUUUACAGCCACCAGCUGGAAGGGUGUCAGAGGGUGACAGGGCCUCCAGGAGGGCCCUGUGGCAGCGGUGUUGGUGUUGGGGGUAAGCAAGGGCAGCCUCCCUGCAGAGUGAGUGCCUGGAGCAACUCUUGGCCUGUGCUCCCGGGGAAUCCACUGCUCUGCGUGGAUGAUCCCUUGGCACCUCAGCUGGCACACACCCAUGGAUAUGUGUCAAGGAUUGAGGGGCUCACAUUCCCAUACACACUUAGAUGAUUCAUGAAUUGUGCUCAACAGUGGCUGCAAAGUGCAGGGGUGAUUUACAGCAGGGGUGGAACCAUGUUUAAAAACAAAUGAAAAAUUAAAAAAAUACCAAUAAACCGUAAACUGGCUGACCCCACAGAAACCAUUUCUCUCUUUUUCCUUUAAUUCUCCUCUACUGGUGCAAUGAAGGCACAGGAUAUAAUUCUCAAAGAUAGUAUAUGGAGUUGAAGACAGAUUCACGUGAAUGCUUUCCAGUUCCUGACCCUUGCAUUUUUCAUGGAAUGCUUCUCGCCCCGCAUUUUUUUAAAAACACUUGAAUUUUUUUUCCCUACUUUUCUUGUACUGUUUUCACAUUAAAAGUGUCCCAAUGCUCUAGUAUUUUUCAUAGAAUGUUAUUAUUACUAGGAAAUUUUAUGUACGGCAAUAAUAAAUCUAUAAAAAUCAGAUUGACGUCACGUUGCACGCUGCCUACUUGUGUAUGUAUAUUCUGUGUUCAUUCAGAUUUACAAUUGGUUUAAAGAGACAUAAUCUUUAUUUACCCAUAGAGACUACUUAUUUCCCUCUGAUUGGUGCACAUGUCUGUAACUUCUGCUGCAGGUUGUGAAGAUUAGGUGCCUGGUGGUAGUUCACAUCCUUUUCUCUCUUUUAGGCGAACCCCAUUCAGUGUGUGAAUCUCAGUUGCCCCAGUGCUCAUUUUCAUUAGCGUGACAGCAAGUUCAGGCAGAGAGGCUGACUUGCGUUGGCAGGGGCUGAAGGGUCCUGCCAAAUGUGAAAUAUCAGCUGUUUAGGCAUGCUGUCAUCGUAGCGGGCACCACUUGCUCCCUUUGUAACAGCCCAGCUAAUUGAUAUGUGCGCUAUUAAAGUGAGCGUUUGCAUACCAACCUGAUUGAGUCAAUACCAGCCUCCCAAUCCGAGGCACUUGGCUGAGCUGCGCUUCAAGCCAGUGGGAUUUUGAGAUGGCCUUCUCCAGGGAUAGGUUGUGAUGAUUGAUUUCAGCAGCAGCGGCGUCUGAUCCUGAAAGUCUUAACACCAUAUGGCAUUGCCACGGGGGAGAGAGGCUGCGCUGGCAACCUCCGAACUUGCACUUCGUGUUGCGGUAGCGCGUGCGAGCGCUGUUAAGGGAAGACUGCUGAGCUCUGUGGAUAGGGGUCAAUUAGUAGGGGCCUCAGAGGAAGCAAUUUCCCCGCUGUCUAUCUGGCUUUAAAUUACAUGCACAAGUUAAGUGACGGCAUGAUGGAAUUGAGCAGUGGUGAGGGGGAGCUGUAAAGUCUGAUAAGAAGCAGGCGGCUAACACAAUCCAGCGGGCUAACUGGAAGGUGGAAAGAAAGACCACCUUGUAGCACGUUCAUCACUAAACAUCAGCAAUGCUGCUGUAUGACAGGCUGUCUCUCCUGCCUGCCUCUGUCUCGUAGCCCUCCAUCUGGCCGAGGCUCCCUGUGUGCAUGUGUUAAACGCUUUGCAAAAGGGCAAAAAAGCAGUCCUUGUUCCCGGGCGUUUACAGCUGGAGCAAGAACUGCCAUCUGCCCCGGGCGCAAUUUGCAUUGGCGUUGGCUGCAAAGCCCUGAUGAGCCCUGAGAGCUGUUUUUUCCCCUCUUUCCUCCUCGUUUGUGACCCUGCUGCUCUGCCAGCGUUCUCUUGUUCUUCUGUUCCCAGGCCUGAGCCGGCAGGGAGUGUGCCUGGUGCUGGAACUGGCUGCUAGCACCAUAAGAGAGCCUUCACUGGGUGACUGUGAUGGUCGUGCUUGGGGCUUCCAACAUGGUGCAUGAUCCUGCUGUGACAGUGUGAGCAGGGAGGGGAAGAAGUGAGAGGCAGGGCUAGAUCUGACCUUUGUUGGACAUUUUGCCAUGAGGUUUUGUCACUUUCAUUCAGAUCCUGCGUGUCUGGGAUAAACAUAUGUUGUAUGAUGAGUUUUCCUUUUGACCUUGGAAGGUUCUUGGGGACUACACCAGGCCUCCUACUGCCACCUGCAGCAGAGACCCGAGCAGCUACAUCUUUGCUCACCAGUGCCUGAUCUCUGCUGCUCAGAAAUCUCUUUGCAGGGAGCUGAGCUUCUGCGUUUGGUUCACGUCUUGCAGGGAAGGAAUGUGCUGCAAUUGGUGGAAGUCAUGGGGUGGAGGAAUAUGUUUAGAGCCCAGAGGAGGCAAACUUUUGGUCUCCUUGCAUUUCUGGCAGAUGACUGAGUGCAAGUGAUUUCCUCUCAAAUGUGGUUGGAUGGUGCCUGGUUUUCUGUUUCAUGUGUUGUUGUUUCCCUUUCCUCCUGUGAUACUUGCAAAGCACAGAAAGUGCCCAAACCCCAUGACAUUACUGUUCAGUUUAGAGUAUAAACGGCUGCUUGAUAUGAUACACUGUGCAUACUGUUGUUAAGAGGGGGCAAAAAUGAAGUUACUCCUGCCUAAGAAGAUCUCUUAGUGGUGGGACUUGGUACUGAGCUGAACAGAAUUUCAAGAAAUUCUGCAAAAUUGUAGGCUGGCCAGGGACUUAACAGCUUCUCUCAUACAAACACUGCUUUCUACUUGCAUUGAAAAUUGCUUGCUUUAAAUCAUUGAACUAUGAUUGUUUGCUAGUGAAAUUGUCUGUAUGGUAAGAGAGGUUAACUGGUUGCAGUGGUUCUGAAUUUUGAUUGCACUCAGUAGUUCUGUGCAUGGUUUUCUAAGUACUGGUUUAGGUUAUGCACUUGGAACAUCAAGAUUCUGUGCCAGACUCUGGAUUUCAGUGUUGUGACUGUUUAAUCUAUUUUUUUAAGCUGACAUAAUGAAAUCUCUAUGUUCUGUUUAGGCUGGGCAAGCUACAUGUGUCAUGAGAAAGAUGAUGAAUGAGGGUGGUUUGGGAUUUUUUUGAGCAGUAAUUAGCAUAAUAAGUGUCUUUUUUUUUUCUUUUCUUUUUUUCCCCCCAAUUUUCUGGGUCACUUUGAACUAGAUAUUUCAGUUAGAGGUACAUAAAAAACCAUCAUGACUUGGAGUCCUAUGCCAGCUACAGGAUGUUUGGAAAAUCUUUUCCAAUUCUGUGUUUGUACAAAUUGUUGUAGACUAUACACAUCAUGCCUGAUUCAUUUAAGGAGACUUUGUUUAAGUUGGUAGAUAUGUGAAUGUCAUGCUUCAUACCACUGAUUGGGGGUGGGCAACAGUAAGGAACAGUCUCAAUUUUUGUCUGCUUAUUCAUGUAUGCUCAUAUUAUCGGAUCUUGGGGUCACUGUCCAUGCAAUUCUCUUUGCUAAGUGCACACCUAACACCUUUACUGGAGUCAGGGGAGUCCUUGCUCACUUGGAGAAUGGGUUAGGAUGUCAGCAAGAAAUCUCUUGGUAGUGGGGAAAGAAAAGAAACAUAAACCUUUUUUUUUUUUGGUCAGAAAACAACAUCCUGGUGCUGCUUUUUGGGUUUUAAAAAAAAAGUGCCCUAGAGAGUUUAAAAAAAGGUUUAUAUUAAUUUCUGUAUGCUGUGUCAUGCAUUUAUGUAUGGCAAUGACUAAGAACAGGUCUUUCCCAAAUAUCCUAAAAAUUUGUAUUGUUAAAAAGAAAACUAGUAGUCUUCCAACUCUUAACAUGCAUAUAUUUUAAGGGUUAGGCUUGGUGAAAUAAUUCUAAGCAGGCAAACCUAGAAUGUGCACCUUAAAAACUCAUCAAAUACAGCACAAUCCUUUUGAUCAGUGGUGGCAAUGGGAAAUGGCUGCUGCUUGCAUAGGGAAAGGCUGUAAGAUAAGCUUUUUGUAUGUACCCGGGUGAGUUGGGAGCAGUAAGUAACUCAUGUCACUGUAGCCUUGGUGGCCAAUAAUUCCUAAGCCACCCACUAUGUGCUUAAAAACUGGCAGCAGACACCAUGUCUCCUGAGGAGUGGCACCACCAGGGAAAGCAUUUCUCUGCUUCUGUAGUGUCUGUGGUUUUGAUAGCUCAUCUGCUUGGAUGACUGUGCUGAAGCACAAUGUCUUGAAGCAUGCAGCUUCCUUUGACACCUUUUCUGCUAUUUGAGAGCCCUGACUGCAUGUCUGCCUUCUCUCUUCUUUUGGGUACUUUAAUUGUUUUCCACAGUCAUAUCUUGUUCAGUCACAUGCAAACACCUGUCCUGAAAUUGAAGUACUCUGUGGUGUAAUCUAAAGUCAUCCCCCAUUUCAGCAUCCUGUGCUCUCUGUUGUGUGUUGAGUUAUGUUGCACUGUACUUUAGAUGCGACAGCCAUUUAAUAAUGUUGAAGCCUUAGCUCUGCAGGGGCUAAAAAGAUCCCAGCAGGCUUGUUAACUUCUACUCUCAGACAUUAUGGGAAAUAUUUUCUCCUCCCUGGAACUCUUCGGCAUCCUCUUAAUUAACACUAUAAAAAUCCAUAGCCAGGUGUGCGUGAAGCCUGUUUAAUUCUUUUGCAGUUUUCCAGAAUUUCUCUGUUCCUUCCUCUUUAACCAGACAGUGGUGCCAAGUGAGAUACGAGAACAUAAAAGGAAUAAAGGCAGUCUGGGUCAUGCUGGAUACUGUGUUCUUGUCAGGCAGCAUACUCAUCAAGUGCCUUUCCCAUACUCACCAUAGGAUCUUAUUUUUUCCCUGCUCUACUCAGUAUUUUUCUUUAUCUCAAUCUCUGAAGUGUUGGGCAUUUUAGAACUUUGCACCUGUCCUUUCUCAGGACAGUAUUCUUUUCUGCCUCAGACUGCUGUGGUCGUGGUGUCUGUUGUACUUCUACGCAGGAUCCCCACUAGCUGGUAUCAGACUUCAUUUGACUAGAAGUUAUCUUUCUAUAUAUUUGAUUAAAAAGCUAUCUCUGACAGCGAUAUGAGAGAUUAUUCACUGGUUUAGGAGGUGGAGAAGCAGUAUUAAAAUUUGAGGUGGAGAGAAGAACUUAAUAAAUACUGGAAAAUGGGGUAAAUCCAAGGGAGUUCAGGAUGGAUACCACUUAAGAUGAGGGCAGAGGAGGAGGUAAGAAGAGCUGCAGAGUGUUCAAACAGAGGAGAAUUCCAGAGCGGCUGAGGGUUGGUUAUAAUGUCAAGCUCAGUGAGGGGGUGCCUGCUCCUCCUCAGGGGUGACUCAGUUACCAUGGGGCAGACUGAGCGCUGAAGGGUGCAGUGUAGGGCUGAAGAUGCAGUGACAUUUCCCUUGCUGAGAAGAGCACAAGGUGUGUUUGCUGCUGUGAGUAAUAAAUUAGUAUUCAGGUGAGGCAAUUGAAGAGCUCACCACUAACCAUCUUCCCAAAACUUCUGCAGGGGGAAGCCAAGAUUUCACAGAGCUGAAGGGAACCUUGAUGAGGGUAAGCAGGGCUUUUCCCAUGUCCUUGUGGAUAUCAUAACCCAGUUUUUAAAAUUAAUUUUAAAAAAUUGACUGGAAUUUGUGGAGAAAAUUUUGAUAUCAGGGUGAACUUUUGGUAUGGGUGGAGACUUGUCUUCCAAACAACUUGUUAAAGGGUAAGAAAAUGAGAAAGGCAUACAUACAGAAAAGCCAACAGAUGUGAAAGAGAGGGGAAGCUUGCAAAGGAGAGGCUGAAAAUGAUGAUUUCUUGCACAAGGAAUUCUUGGUCUUCAAGGUUUCUUUGGUAGUGUGUACUGUGCUUCCUAGGAAGGCUGGAGCAUAGCAGUCUGGCACAAUGUAAACACAAAGAAAUUGCCCCAUUUUCAUGAAAAAAAUACCUCAAAGCAACUGCAGUUCAGUGACAUCUGUCCUGCACAUCCUAACUGUGAUGGGAGAUUGGAGAUUGCGUGCAGCAGCCUUGGCAGUUACAGGCUUGGAAGAGAGCUGAAGAGCUCUCAGAGCCUGUGUAGAAGCUACAAGGAGGGCAGAGCAAGAGUAAUUAAAGAUGCUGGAAACAGAAAAGGAGAGGCAAGGAAUAUAUAGAGAAUUCUUAAAUAUGUGAUCUCCAAAGUGAGUAGUACUAGUAAAAAAAAGGCUUUUAAUUUAAAGCAAACAAAACAGGAAGAAGAUCCAUUUGGAAGGGUUGUGUGACCCACGUGGCAGGGGGUGAGGGAGGACUCGUUACACCAUCUCAGUCAUGAUGUAAAACCCAUCCCCUCUACAUCACCAGCUCAUCUGAGCUCUGGGAGGUGAUGAAAUGGUUGGCUGGUUGCUUGGAGGCUGAUGUAGAGUAAAUUGGAGGUCAAAGUCCAGUAGAGGUCAGAGUGUCAUGAACAUAAUUACUGAGAUGUGUCUUAAUUGUCAUCCUUGCAAAUUUCAGAAGACACACUCAGGAAAGAAUGGGAUUCAAGACCAUUCACAAUGUAUUAAUGUUUCCCUCACCAGUCAGGAAUUGUGGUGACCUGUUGUAUGAAAGUGUUGCUGCUCCUCUUCCUACAUCAGUCAGAAAAUAUACAUGGUGCUCAUUUGGUGCUUGGCUACAAGAGAGCCAAACUGGCACCUGUGAUGGGUCUUAGGCAUUGGCUGGUUAUACUCCCUCAGCUCAGAUAUCAAGUGCUGCAUUUGAGUGAUGUAUUGCUGUAUUUCUCCUUCCUUCUUUUUUUUUUUUUUUUUUUUUUUUUUUUGCAAGCUUUGCAGAAAAAGAAACAAGCAAGCAGAGACCAAGAAUUUAAUGGAUAUAUUUUUCACUGGCUCUUUUAUCAACAGCACAUGAAAAAUCCCAAAGGACAGAAGCAGUUAGCUAACCAAUGAGGCAUCAUAGCUGAUUUUAGGUUCCAUGCAGGAGAAAAAGAUACUGAAGCCCCAGCAGCUCAAAGGGAAAGAGAUUUAAAUUUAGGUUUGGUAUUAAGAAACGUGCCUCUCCUCUGCUUGGAGGCCAGUCUGUAAGAGAUUACUGUACCCCAGGGCAGCAGUUUGGAGGAUGAUAGAGAUGUCAGCCUGUGAGUGCAAAGACUUGUACCACUGGAUGAUGAACCAGCAGGGAUUUCUCAUUAAUGGAAUGAAUGUUAACAAGAAUAAUUCUGUUUUGUGAGCUGGUGUGUGUGGGAAGGAUAAAUGAUAGGGGCUGAUGGAUGGUCUUCACAGAGAUUUGAUUAGGGAGAAGGUGAAUGGCAGUGUGUGUGUGAGAGAGGGGGAGGUGUGUGCACGUGGUACAUCCAUUGCAGUAGGCAGGCACACUUCUGGUUGAUAAUGUCUGCCAGAGAAGUCAGCAGAAGUAACUAGACAGGUCCUAGGCAAAAGCAGAAGCUGAGCACUGGUGUGGGUAUUUCAUUUUUUAGCGUCUUGUGCAUUGUAGAGUCUUGGGUUUUAUGUUGCAUGGUGCUAACAAACUUGUAUCCAAGACUUUCUCUCUAAAACUUUUGUCAGUAAUAGCUUUCUGCUAAUAAAGCAUUUGGCUAUUGAUACUAAUUCCCACAGUCAGUAUGAGAGCACUGAAUGGCACCUUUUCUGACCUGCUUAGCAUCAUCUUUGGCUCUGAAGUAACAUUCCUUAAAGCUUAUAUGAGCCCUUCCUGAAAAAGCAGGAGAGAGGCCAGACCUACUGGAUGAGAGGCCAGGCAGGCAGUACCAACAGAAACAAUCCCUCAUCCUGCCUGAAGCCUUCAUAUGCUGCUGGAAUAAUAAUAUGAAAUAAUAUUAGCAAAUAAUAAAUGAAAAAAGUCAAAAUAAUCCCAUAAGCUGAGUAGGCGCUCCAGCAGACUUAGCAGCUCCAGCCUCAGGUACAGGGCUAGCUGAAAAAGUGAAGGAACUGCAGGAACUUCUCGAGAGAGAUGUAGAAAUAGGGAAGGAAACGUGACUCCCUUUGACAGUGAGAUGUGGGAGACCCCUCACCCAAAAAGCCAAACCUGUGAUACAUUCCCCGCUGCCUUUGGCAGGGAGCCGUGAGGAGCCCCGGCCGAGGCCGGAGGGUGGCCAGCUGGAGCCAGCGGCAGGGUGGCAGGGGUAGGGAACAAGGGACAGGUGGCAGGAGGCAGUAAAGGCCGGCUGGCCGCCGCUGCCAGCCCCGCCUGCGGCAUGCCAGGCUCGGGAAAGCCGGCGGCCAAGCCGCGCUCCCCUCGGGAGCGAGCGAGACGGCAGAGGUGGAGACUUGGCCCCGUCCCCGGCUCGCUGGCCAAAAGGGCUGCGCUGGCACAAGGGAGGGAGGGAGUGUGCUGGAAGGCGUCCACAGGCAGCUACUCCCAGCCUGGGAGGGCAUGGGCAGGGGAGGUGUGUUCCUUCCCGGGGCUGGCUGUGCCUGCAUCCCUGUGCCGGUACCCUCUGUGCGCCGCUGCUCUGCUCUAGGGACUCGGGCUGGCCUCUGGGGUGCCGAGGCCGAUGGUGGAGCGUGGGAGCUGCUCCCCGUAGAGCUGAAGGGGAUGCUCACCGGCACAGAGAGGGGCUCUGUCACUAACAUUUCCUGGGACUGAGUUUUGGUUUUCUUUCUUUGACAGCAUUAGUCUGUAUUCCUUACGAUUUCUGAUCUGUAGUUGCCGUCUGUUUUCCCCAAUGGCAUUACUCAUUUUUUCAGAUCAGGACCCCAUUCCCCCAAAUUUGAUCUCAUCUAUAUAGUGAAAAAAAAGUUAAUAUAUAAAAUAAACUGUGGUGUGCAGUGAAUGUAAAUGAGGGAUAGCUUUGCUCCUUUUUUCUCCCGUGGAGAAACACAUUACUUCUCUGACUAAUCCUAUUGAUUUGGCUGGGGAGCUGUGGCCUGCUGCUGAUGUCAGGUCCAAGAGGCAGGAUCUGGCUGUACAGUGGCAGGUCUCCGUGGCCAUUGGCACAAAUGCUUUAUUCCUCAGCUGACUCCACUGAAAUCUCCUGAGGUUACCUCUGAGCUAUUUGAGAAGAGCUGGGUUUUCAAACCAUGACCCUGACUUAGGAGUACAUUUUAAAAAUUUCUACUUGCAAUGUCCUGUAGCAAAGGUUUACUUUUCACUCAGUGGAGCUGGCGGCAGAGAAAGUCAAAUGAGUUUUCCUAAUCUGGUAUGUUCUAAAUCUGGUUUGUCUCAAAUACAGCCUGAGAGAUAUGCAGUGCAAGUGGAAAAAUAACUACCAGCACACAGAUGCAUGUCCUCUCGGAGCAAAUAAAGCUGACUUUUAAAAUAAAUGUUAAAUCUCAUCCUUGGUAUGAAGGGAGACAGGCCUGUAGCUCAGGUAUGGCGAGAGAUAUUUUAAGGUGGGCUGUGGAAGAAAGCUCACCACCAAACUUCUGACCCAGCGUACAUGUCCCUUUUUAUCUGCUAAGUCCAAUAAUAAGCUUGUUAUUAGAGGACAUCUGUUACUGCCUGAUAACUCGUACAGCGAGCAGGAGCACAGCGUUGGUGGGCAGCCAGGGAUUUUGGCAGCUGUGGGAAGCGGCAGCUUCGUGGAGUGUUUCACACCUCAUCCAGAGCUGGGGCAGCACAUCCCUCCCAUGGGCCUGUGGCUGGGUGGGAGGAUGCCAGGAGUUUGAGACAAGGGCUAUUCCUGCUGUCCCUGUGCCAGCUGGUGUGCAUGUGUGCCAAAGCCUCAUCUACUCCUCCUCCUGCAGCCACAGCUGGCCCCCUGGGUGCUGGGUCAGCGUGGUGGGUCUCCUGGCAUACCUCCAGGACAGGCAGCAGAGCAGCUGGGGGAAACGUGCCACACGCUGGGUUCUGCUUUUUCCUUCUGCAUUUCCAGGGGAUGCAGUUCACACACUACUUUCUUGCCCCUAAGCCUCCUUGCCUGAAGAAAAACAUUCAAGGAGACUGUGUGAGCUGAAUCUGAGCAUCAUGAGGUUUUCCCCAAAGUCAUUGCUGUAGGUAAUGUAUAUUUAUGAGCGGAACAAAGUGGGCUGCAGAUACUUUGAAAGGCUGCUUUCCUCUCAGGGUGCCUUAGCAUUUAGGCAAGUAAGGAGUGGAGAUGCUGUCCAGACUGCAUUUGGCAGUGGCAGAAGAGGCUGGUGCAGGACACACGGCAUCUUCCACCUGCCUUCCUGUGUGUCAGGAGAUGCUGAUGCUCUGUGGUUCAGGAGAUGGUUCUCUUUUCAGUACCUAGAGAGAGCCUACAAGAAAACUGGAGAGGGACUUUCUACAGUGGCACGCAGUGGUAGGAAAAGGAGAAAUCUUUAGACUGAAAGCAAGUAGGUUUAGAUUACGUAUUAGGAAGAAAUGCUGAGGGUGGUGAGGGACUUGAACACGCUGUCCAGGGAAGCUGUGGAUGCCUCAUCCCUGGCAGUGUUCAAAGCUGAGCUGGAUGGGGAUCUGAGCAACCUGGUGCACUGAGUAGUGUCUCUGCCCAUGGCAGGUGAGUUGGAGGUGAUCUAUACAGGCCUUCCAUCCAAAUCAUUCUGUGCUCUUACAGUGCUCUGGCGGUCAGGAGACCGCAUCCCUCUGCUGGGCUUUAGCCCAUCACAGUGUGAGACAGCUCCAUGCCAGCAAUGAGGCUGUGCCUGUACCACUGUGUGCCCUGAGCCCAGCUAUUGUGUGGGGAUGAUUCUUUCCAGAGAGGGAAACUGGGGAUGGAAAUUGAGUUUUGAAUUUGCACCAGAGUCUGCCCUGUUUAUGUAUGAGCCAUGCUGAUGUCAUUUCCAGGAUGACUGUUGGACACCUGAAUUUUAGUUUGUGGCACUAGAAAUACAAGGUGUGACAUGAAGUAAAGACCAGUUUGCUUUCCUGCUGGCAGUGAUGUGGACUCUGUGAGACUGAUGAGGUUCAUUCACACAGUGUAAGGAAAGCAUACAGGCACUGGUUUAUGGCCAGUGAUGGUCAGUAUUUGCAGGGCUGUGCUGCUGAUUGAUUCAAAUUACAUUUCAUGCAGGGGCCAGGACUUUCCAGCUGAAUUGUUUUGGCCACCAUAGAGCACCAGAUUUCUCUACAUCUGACCAUAUAUCUCUUUCUCAGUAUAUAUAGAUAUACUGAGAUAUACAUAGACACACACACACACAUAUACAUGUAUAUAUGUGUCUAUAACUUAGCGGGCCAAACUGCUCCUCUUGUGCAAGACAUUUCAAGGAGGAGUUGUUCUCCAACUUGAGAAGCUCAUGUUGGGUUAUCUGCAGAUCUUGGUAAGCUCAGUUUUCCCUGUGUUGUUAGCACCAGUCCUGCUGCUUUGGGAAAUGCACCAGUUUCAUGCCAUUUGCCAUGUGAAUUUCAGAUUCACUGACGUGCUGUUUAUUUCUGUGGUUGUAUAGGUCUCUGUAAAGACCACCAGGUAGCCAAGAUUGUGUUGGACAUAGUUCAGAUCCUAUAGACUUCCCAAAGAGCCUCUGUUGAGCUGGAUUGUUUCCAGGGCUCCUCAAGAGGAAUGAGGAGUGCCACAUCUGGCUCAUAAUUUGCUGUAGCCAACAUAUGAGUUUACUUCAAUGAGAGCAGGAUUUUUGCUCAUGGAUCAAACAUCAAAGGAUUCUUACAUAAUGCAAUAUCUUUUAACAUUGGUAAAGUAUUAGGUCAUAAUCAUGUAGUGCUCUGAUAUAUUUUAGUAUUCUAUUUUAUUUCUGAAUGCAGUUCACCUCAAAUGAUUCCCUAGCCUUGUAGAAAAUAGUAAUACAGUUGACUUACAGCGAGUCUUGGUUGGAUAGCUCUGAAUUUUUCCUGCACCCUAGCAGCAGCAGCAUCCCAAGCAGGUGCAGCCAAUUUUCCUGAUUCCUUGUAUCUGUAUCACAUCUUUCAGGUGGGUGUGAGACUCAGAGAGCUGAGGAGAGAGGAUUCUCUGGCAGGUGGGGUAGGCUUGAGCUCACCAAGAGCUGGGCUGGGCAAGCAGGUGGGCCUUGGAUGAGCAAAUCCCUCUGUCCCAGCAUCCCAUGCCUCCUUCAGUCAGUCACCCCAGAGGGCAGUGGGAGGUAUCAUUCUUUACUGAGUGCUGUUGCUGUGAAAAUGCAAGUGUUGAAACAGACUUUGGUGAGGAAUUUGCAGCUCCUGUCAGCAUGCUCUUUUUAUGUGUUGUGUACAGCAAGGGUCUGCUUUUACACAGCCCUAUGGGGCAUCCAGGACAGAUACAGAGGUAUCAUUUUUCUGCUUAAUUGAGGAGAUUUUCUGUUGGUUUCCAUUGCCUGUUUUUACCUCCUUCUCCAAAAAUGUGGCAUGUGUGGUUCCCUAUAUGAUACUCAUUUUUCUAGGCAAUAAUUAGAUUUUCAGAUUUCAAAUAUUCGAGCUACUUCUUCUGCAGUGAAAGCUGGCACAUAGAGAGCAGAACAGAAAGUUUGAAAGUGUGGAAGACACUUCAUCCCAGGUUUAUGUAGGGAUAAAUCCCCUCCAGCACCAUGCUUUAUGGCAUUACCCUCUUGGAGAAGCCAGGGCUGCAGGUUUCUGAGCAUCCUCCUGAGAGCAAGGCUGCCGUUUGUCAGCAUUUGCACUGGCACGAGCAGUGAAGGCUUUUACAGCAAAACCGUGCUGAUCAGCUCUGGCUCUGCUCCUCACCACCCCUCCUAGGCUUCCAGGGGGAUCUGUCUUUCCUGUCACUCAGGAUAACGAUUCCCCACCGGCAGCACAGAGAUCCAGAAAUGCGCUGUAAUCUCGCCGAGAGCUUGAUUCCCCAGCUGGGAGUGCUGGUUUUAUACAGCCAAGCAGUAGAUGGUCAUUGCACUUAAACUUGUGCUGCUGUGCUGAACCUCUAAAUGGGCUGAAGGGUCUCUCUUUGUCUGCAAAUAACCUUGAUUCUUGGAGUGGUGAAAUCUAUGGAUUUCAUUGCAUGUACUGGUUAAGAUUUAACUUGAUCUAGCUGUUCAGUUUUAAAAGAUUUCUUUUUUUUUUGUUUAAGGGUGGAUUAGUAAUUCAUUCCCAAAUUGGUAGUUAGUGCAAUGGAUAUUUAAUUGUAAAUGUAUAUCAUUAAUUAGAACUUGGUACACAGAUACAAAAAUUCCUUAUCUUGCAGUUUUUCAAAAGCACACAUAUUAAACCACAGCCUUGCCCUUCAAAAAUACUGUUCUGUGUAUUUAAAGGUCUGAAUGACCUUUUAAUCAGACAUUACACCUUUACUUCCAGCUGAUAUGACAACGUCUGACAGUAACUCAACCUGAUGUGGCAAGAAAAUAAAUAAACGCCGUCUCAGUCACUAUGUCUUUAAAUCUCUCUGUCUAGCUGUGGUUUUGUGUUCAGGCAGAUGGACCCACAGCAGAAUAUUACAUUUAGUUUUCAAGUGAAGACAAUGUAUUGAGUUUAAUAUGCUUGCAUGUUUGACUGUUCUUUUGAGGUCAAUUUAGUCAUACGAUUGUUUCCUGCCAUUCCAAACUCCAGCCUCUUCUGCAGCCAAGCUCUUUAUAAAUUAUAAAUCUGUAAACCUCGCUCUCAGCAGCCAUCUUACAGCCCACACAGACCGCUGUGGAUGGUCUGGAAAUUGCAUUUGCUCUCCUCACGUACCUGGGUGCGAGGGCUGCCGUGCUCUGUCACUACUUGUGCUCGUGCUCUCCUCACGUAAACGGAGAGCAGGGACUGGUAAAGAUGGAUAUGAGCAAUUCCUACUUUUGCACCACCAACACAAAGAGAACUCGCACUAGUCAGGGUGCUUGUAUUCAACACACCAGCUCAUUGUCCUUGGAAGUUAAUUUUCAGAUGAUUUAUUGAAGUGUAACAUUUGUGGAGGGGGAGUGGAUAUUGAAUUGACAACAGGUCAGAGUUCUGAUAAUACAGCAGAAUUAUUUUGAUCUCUGGUAUUUCCAAGUGCUGAAGCAAUAAACAUAACAAUAACAGCUCCCCUUUCAUAUGGCUUUUACAAAAAGAGAAGCUGUGUACUGCUUGAGCCUGUUUAUCACAAACUGGGCUAAUUAUUCAAAAAAUACAUGCCAUACUAAUGAGCAGUUCCCUGGAAUUCAGCAACUAAUAUUGUGACACCAAGUACAAUGCACCUGUGCAGUGCAGGAUCCAUGGUCUGUUGGAUUUUUAUGGAAAAACUAGGAAAACAUUAAAAAGGUUUUCCCUGAAAAGAAAAAAACCAACAAAAAAGAAUUCUUUCAAAAAGAGACAUGUACUUAAAUGUGGCACCAGCAACAUCCAUGAGAACUUCUUUGUUACAAAUAUUAAUUUGCAAAUUUCAGGAGUUUUGCUUUUAGUAGAUUUUUUUUUCAGAUAUAACACUACUGUUUUGUGGGUAGUUCUUAAUAAAACAAGUACUUGUAAGCUGGGACAGACUGAUAGGGUGUCAUGUUAGGGCUCACUCUCCCCUCCCUGGACAGUGCAGUCAUUAAUUCUGGAGGGUCUGGAGAUGCAUGGUUCAAGGCUGCUUUAGACUGAAGGAAAUUGAGGACGAGAAGUUCCUCACAGAAAUGACACAGCCUUCUCAGGCUCAGUCCCUUCAGCCUCUCAUGUAGGUUGUACUUUCAGGCUGUGAAGGGAAUUUGCUGCUACUCAAUGUGUAUGGAGGCACCUGGGUGCAAGUGGGUAUCAUUUUCAGGGUGCAGCAGGUGGGGGAAGGAGGGGGGCAGUAGCUCUGUUUACACAGGACUGUUUCUGUGUAAGCCAAGGUCCUGCACGUGUGUGAAAGAAAGGACAGGAGCAUUCCUGGGCAGCACCCCUAAGUCAGCACAGUGAUUCCCUCCUGGAAUGAGGUCGUGGAUGUGUUUUCAGUUCUUUCUACAUUGCAACCUAAAUGUGGAACAAGGUGAGGUUUGAAAAUGCCAACCUCUCCUCCUGAGGUGUCUGAAGACACAGCACACUUUCUGAGAGACAGAGCAGGGCCUUUGCUCCUCCCCUGUCUGAGCAUGGUCUUGCCAAAGUGUCUGUUUAACCCACAAACCCUCCGAGCCACGACUGCAUGCCCAGCAUGCCAGGUCAGGGCAGGAGCCAUUGUACAACCGUGUGGUUAUUCUGAAAGCACUGUCUGUUUUCCAGAUAUUUUUUCUAGCAAUGUUUGCAUUUUCAUGACUACCUUGUUAAGAAACUAAGGAGAAGUCAGCGUGUUAGGUGUGUUACAUGCUGAGUACAAUGUAUUGUGUGUGAUCCUGAAAUAGUGUGUUUGGAGAAGGAUGUUUCUAUUAAUUGCCAAGCAAUGGGACGCAUCGUGUUGUUCCUAGAUAACUGAAAGUAUGCCUAAAAUGUAAAGGAAAAGAACAACUAGAACUCGAAUAUGCCAAUGCCACAAAAGAAAGCUUAACUUGUUUUCUUGCUUUUUUUUUAGAGAACACCUGUUCCCAGCGCUGAAGCAUUCCGAUGGUUCUUUUAAGCAGUAGUGUAUCUUAUUUUCGAGGCAGUCCGAAGUGAAUGGCAAGCUAAAGUCUUGUUUUAAGAAACUGCUUAGUCCACCAUUGAAGAAUAUACUCAGACACUAUUUUCAUUUAUGUAUAGGGGUUUCCUCAAAAGCAAAAGACAAAAACCUGUGAGCCUGGGGAAUUGGCCAGCUUCUUCACAUUCAGUACACCGAUUCUUUCUUUGAUGUAACUUAGCUAUACUAGUGAAGUUGUUGUCUAUUUUUAAAGUGGCUGUAAAAAAAAAAACAAGUUUGGGUAAACCCCUGCUAUAAAGUCAUGUAUCUUUGAAAAGUAACAUAUCUAUACUUCAUUUUCAAAUAUAUGUGUUUCAGUACUGUAAACUGUACAGAUAGCCGCUUGUAUUUUGUGUGUUUAGACACAAGGAGACAAUCAUGUCUGAGCAUCAAUGGAGAUAAACGGUUUGUACACAACAGUGUGGUUCUGCAAAUUAAAUCCGGAGCAAUAAAUUCUAGCUUUAACUAUUAUUUUGCUAGUUGUUUAGCAGCAGCAGCAACAGCAGCACUGUUUUACCAUGCAUCCUUCCAUAGAGACUUGAUGCCAAGUUUUCCAAGAUAAAAAGAUUGUGAUGCAUCUAGCAAUUACCUUCUGUUGUGGUGUUGUGAGAGGAGAAGACGUAACACUUAAAAUUAAUCUUUCAAGCACUAUAUUAGAAUAGUGGUUUGUGCACUUGCAUUGCUUCCAAAGGAGCUUUACAGAGGGGUAUCUCUCCAAAAAUGCUGUUUGGUGUCUGACUCAUUUUUCACUGUGCCCAGCAUAGGCAAAUGUGCAAAAACUAGUCAUUUAAAUAAAGGUUGUUCUAGUAUACAAACCAGAGUAUGAGACCUUAGGAAAAAUGAUGACUCAGUUUAAUUACCCUUCACCUACAAGAUCUUAUGUAACAUAUUCAGUCAAUGGAGUAAAUAUUUUAUGAAAUGGAAUGCCAUAUUUUUGGUUCAGGUGGAGCUCUUCACAGUUAAGUGAGUUUUGACAGUUGGACUGGUUUAGGUCUCACUUGCACUUGUGCUCAUUUGAGAGCCUGGAUAUUUUUGCAGUAUAAAAAAUAUUUUUUUGAAUGCUUUUAAAAAAGACCACUUCUCUCCACACGUUUCUUGGUCCACUGAUCUCAGCUUUGCUGAAUGACUGGUCCCUUAAGCCCUAACAAAAAUGCUUUGCUGUUCUUCCUGUUCUAGCUCUAUGGAAGAAAUGUCUACUCCAUGGAAAGGCAGCACACAGAGGGAUAUAGCUGACAUGCCAUAAAAAAAUACAGAGGAUUCUUUACUUAGGGAUAUUAUUAUCAGUUGAUCAUCACUUUUUAUCGCUUGGCUUUGUCAUACCACUCACGAGUGAAAAGGCCAUGCCACCAAAGUAAGUGAAUGCUGUUGUGCCAUGUAUUUGAUAGAUUUAUAAUUUUAUACAAGGUGCUGGGCAUGGAAAUAACAGGUUAAUGUUGCACAGCACAUGUAAAUCUCCUACUGUUUCAGCACUUUCUUCCAGUUUCUGUUAAGUACUUCAGCCUUUGGCCCCCGGUCACACUUACUUGGUAAAGCACAAGGGAUGGGUUGGGAAUGCUCCAGUGUGGGACCUGUGCAGGUGGGGAAGAUGCCAGCUUUGGCAAGUGAGGGCUGGCAGGUGCUGGGAACAGCCCAGAAAGAGAAGACCAAGGGAUGGAGGCAGAGAAACCUCCUGAAGUUACAUGUGUGUGUCAGCAGGACCAGGCAGAGCAUGGGUGAGCCAGGGUAACUGGAGGGCACAGUUGGGCUGGGCAUCCUCAGCUUAGGGUCAGUGCAUGUGUCUGUGUCCUUGCGUCGUGUGAUGUCACAUACAUGCUUUCAGAGGUGGAAUGUCACACUUAAAAUGCUUCUAUCAUGGUGCCCCUCUUACAGUUUGUGAGAUCCUCAGUUGAAUAGUCAUCCAAUUCAGUGAGCUUUGUGUCUGUUUGUAGGGCAGCUGUGUGUGGACUUUUUUUUGUGUUGGAGACUUUUAGUUAGGGGCCUCUGUUACUGAUCACUAGACCAAUAUGAGCUCUGCAAGGUCUUCUCUACCAAAGUGCUGAUUGACUUACAAACUGAAGCCUUAUUUGCACAUCUGGCUGGUAAGCUUGCCUUGCUCUUUGGAAAACUCUCACUGCUCUUACAGAAACAGAGGCAAAGUUAAGUUCAGGCUACAUUAGGUGUACAAAGAUACUCAUAGCAAUGUACUUACUGUCUAAUACCCUAAUGUUGCAUGUCUUGUUGUGGUUCCUUUUUUCGUUUUGUUGUUUUGUUUUAAAGAACUGAUGGAUCUGUAUAUUGUAAUUGUGGUGUUUUACAUGUCAAUCCAAAAUUGUUAAACACACAAACAAGCAUACCUGUUAAUUAUUGAAAAUUAAUGAGAGGUGAUUUUUCUUUGAUUUACCCUUACGGUUUUCAUUUCAGUUGUUGUUCCUUUGCACCAUCAGGUUUUUAGAUUCUGCUGAAACAGUAUUUAAUAUGAUGUAGUGUGCAUAGAGCAUUUUAAUUAGUGAUGUUUGAAGAAGGAAAUCCAUUUUCUGGCCUGUCUCUCCCCACUGCCCUCCCCACCCCUCCCGAUUUAUAUACAUAUUUGUCAAUCUGAUUAUUGUCAAGUUCUAGUUACCAAAUUCGUGCUUUUCACAAGGUCCAAUACCGUUUUCCAAUGUGAAAAUUUGUACUCUUCUCCGUUCUUCAUUCUCACAGUGAAAGAAAAAAUGGGUGUGGGCAAUAAAAAAAAGCAGAACUCUUUCUGUCUUCUAGGUGUGAGUGCUAAGCCUAGUGGAAGCAUUUUUGGCAUACCCCAGAUAAACUUAUGAAAAAUAGUAAGCUUGAAAGGGAGGCACACGUACCCAUUCUGUCAAUUAAUAACAGACCCUCCCUAUGAGGGAAAAUACUCCCUUUUGUACAGACCCCCUGGUAUGUAAGCCCUACAAUUAAUGUUGAAGAAUGUAAAGUCUUUAAACGGGCUAUAUCUGUAAUCAAAUAAUGAAGAAAGAAAGUAGUUAAAUGAACAUACCAUUCAGGGUCGAAUGCAUUCAGCAAAAAGCAGUAGUGGGUCUUUGAUCAUGGUUAGAUGCAUAGUGAUAUCAAACAGUGGGUUCUCAUGUAACAGCUAAAUGUUUCAGAUUUUGUUUUUAUUAAAUUUGGCAGUUUCACGCUGAGCUCUACUGUAUUCUUAGUGAAUAAAAGACAGCUCCUAUGUUAGAAAGUACUCCAUUUUCACAAUUGCAGGGAACUAGGAGGGUAUUUUCAGAAACAUGGGCCACAGAAAUGUACUCCUUUCACAGUGUUCUCCUAUUUCUGAACUGUGCAGUUAUCUAUUAAAUUUUCUAAUAGAUAUUUGUGUAAGGUGUAUGUAUGCUUGUGCAAUUAUGGAAAAAAACAGUUUUGGAAAACAGUGUAUUUAUGAAAAAAUAAUCACUUAUGGGGCAUGUACAAAACUGUAUAAAAACAUUCAAUUUGCCCAGUAAAGUUGUUUUUGUGAUAUUUCUGUGUUGUUGAAUAAAGGACUUUAGUAUUCAAAAUAUCUCUCUUUUUCCAUAAACAGGUCCUGUUUGUGGGAUCUUAAACAAAGAAAACCUCUUUUACAAAAGAACCCUCAAAAUGAGCGAGAAGGUCCAAAUGCUGACCUGAGUCUUGCCUGUGGGAAUGAAUGCUUAUGAAGUGAUGGUACAAUAGCCACAGAGCUUAUUCCUUCUCAAUUGGCAAUUGAUGGAAACCCCAUAAGUUGUAUAACUGAAGGUAACAUCAUACUCUGGAUUUUUUAAAGUAGCAGAAAAAAAUACUGCCUUUUCUUCGACUAGGAAUGUUACUUUGAGAUUUUGAGGCUAUGAAAGGUUAGUGAAGUAAGAGCAAACUGAUUACAGAAAGCCUUAAACCCAUUAAUGCAGACCUGUGUUGUAUCAAAUGAGUGGACUAGUGAGGGUGGUGUGAUAAAUUAGCAGUUAGCUUUGUAUGGAGAAGCAUGCAAAGGUGAAAUCUCAUUUCUAGCUCUUGCAACAAACAGUAGUCCUGAGGAUAGAUCAUCCCGUUGCUGUUGGAGUACUUGGAAUUACAAAUAUGUUUUGUGAGAGAAUGACAACAUUAUCUUCCUUUCUGUUUUACUGCUUCUCAGUUCAAAGUUCAGCUCUCUACCUGUCUCAAAACCUAUACAUUGCUAAGGAAAUGUUUUCCUCUUGACAUUUUGUUUCCCCAUACUACUUGCUGGCAUUGAAGCAACUUGAGAUAGGUGGGAAGGCUUGUGACAGGCACAUAAUCUGAUUGUGGUGAAAUUUGGAACGUCAUUUUUCUGCGAAUAUUCCUUUAAUCAACAGAAAGUCUGCUCUUAGGUGCCAAAGCAGAAUUUUGAACGAGUUUGAAAAAUGAGGUAGGUCCUUUAGUCUGUGAGAUGCUUUCAAUGCCAGCUGAUUUUCCAGGGGGAGCCUUGGUGUAUCCUUUUGUUUUUUUCAAGAAAGCAACAAAAGAAAAAGGACCAGAAGUGGAUUUUCCACUGAUCCUGUCUGCUCUCAUCGAAAUCCAUAAGGAUAUAUGUUCUUGGGAGACAUAGACCGCUCAUUAGACAAGAGUGAAUCUUGAGGUCUGUUUGAAGAGGAGGAAAAGGGCUGCCAGGUUGCUCAGGCAUACUCAGUGAUCUCUCUGGAUUAAAUAUAGAAUUCACAGGGAGGAAAUACACUCAUUUCAUGAGACGGUCGAUUUGGAAGCAGGAAGAGGUCUCUGAGUUCCUAUUCUUUUAAUGCUUUCUCUUUCAACAUUUUUUCCCCUCAAGUAUUGUUUUAUACUGGUCUGAAUGAAAAACGUCCCUCAGCUCUGAAGAAAUUCUCGCCCAGACAUGAACCUUGCGGUUUAAAACUACCUCUAGUUUUUUUUAUAGCUUUUAUUUUUUAAUUUAAAAAAAAACCCAAAACAACAAAACCAAGCAACUAAAAGUAAAAACCCAGUCAAGAAGCAGGUAAUUCUUCAAAUCCAAAACUGACAAACUUAUUACUGAGCCUAUUAAAGAACGGAAAAUACCCUUUUGUUUGGAAACUCAAUUCUUCUAGGCUGUGUUGGGCUCAAUUUGGUUUUGCCACUAGCCAUGUCAAUGCUCUCUUAUAUAUUUCCAAGGAACAAGUCUGAAAUUAUGAACAGUCUAGUGAUACAGGGCAGUGUGCCUUCUGGGAGGCUCCAGUCCUCCCCAUGUUCCCAUGGGCUUUACCAGAUAGCUUGUGGAAUUGGAGGAUAUUAUAUAGGUGGCUUGGUUAUAAGUUUGAUCUUGCUUCACUGUAAGGAUCUACUCAGUUACCAGUGUGCACUGAGCAUGGAUAAAUGGCCCCAAAAUCUAUAAAGGAAAGAAAUUAUUCUUCUUCUCUGUAAUAACUACAGAACAUACAAUGAUCUUUGAAACCGCUGUAUCUAUCUGAGGAAAGAAAGAUGAAGUGCUGCAGGAUCUGCUCCCCCUGUAGGUUUGUCUUGGUUUGCCAGCUGGUUUUUAGGGUGGAUACACUCAGCUGGGUUGCUGGGUGCUUCAGCAGAGCUGUUUUGCCCAAGGCAGGCAGAAUAAAGGAAACUCAGAUGGCAAAAUGUUAUUCUUGCAAGAAAAGGAUCUAGAUUGCCUAAAGAAGCUGUGAUGUUCUGGAAGUUUUUGACUGCUCUUCUAAGUUCUCAGAUGAUAUUAAAGGAUUGUCACGUUAUUAGUAGUGUAAUAAUCAGGAAGAACUUGUCAUGCUACCCCCCAUUCCUGAAAAACAAGUUUUAGAAGCCAGCCUUAAUGGGUUAAUUUCCCAACCAACUCUGAAGGUGCUUCUUAGUGUAAUAUGACUUCCCUGUAACAGAAGAUGCUGUGACAGUGGGUUGAUUGGCCUUAUAGGGCCUUGACUUGCAGAGUCAAGGAUCUUGGAUAGAAAAUAAUUCAGAAUUCUGGUAGAAGGUUCUGCAGGUUUCAUGAUGUCAGCCAGAGCCUGGAUUUAUUAUUCAGUGCAGUUCUCCCCAGCUUGGUUUAUGAUGUGUAUAAGCAUCCUACAUUUGAGAAGAAACCACCUUUCUUCCCUUGCUCCUUUAAGUCUGCUCUCUUUACGGAGUUAAUAAGACUAACCCUCUGCACUUCUUCAGGAAAGCCCAAAGCAUUAGAAGAAAUACAUCUCUUUUUGGCUAGACAUUUUCCUUUGGGAAACAGAAGAGUUAGUCUAGGUCAGAAACUCCUGGUGUUUACUCAAGUCUCCUAACAGGGGUUUCUCUCCAUUGGAUGUAGCUUGUGAGCAGAGUCCAGGCAUCAGCUUGGUCACAAUCCUACAUCAGCACUAAAGUGGACAGGAGCCAUGGGGGAUGUUCCCACUGCCCUCUCCCUGGUACGUGUGACACACACAAGUUUCUGCCAGGUGUCCAACACCCUCCCCAUGCAGGGGGACAGGCUUGCUAUGCCCAGCAGAGAAGUGAACUUCCCCAGAACUGAGCAGCCUGUAGCAUGCUGGAGGUUUUUAAGAAGAGAGAAGGUUUUUAAGUGUCCAGGCAGGGACUAGAACAUCUCAACCCACUUGUCUCACAGUAGCUUUUGAUUUAUAGUGAGUGUUGGUGGCCACCAGGCUGUAGGAGAAGGACCUGGGCUAUUCAGUAUUCCUAGUCUCUUACAUGCCUACAUUUUAAUGGUCAUACCCCGAGACUGACAGUGAAUUUGAGCAGCUGAUAUGUUGACUGAGAUUAAUGCAAAAUUAUUACAACUGAUUUUCAACCUUUUUUUGGAGAAUUAGUGAGUAAAUAACCUGAUCUAACAAAAUCUGUCACCCACAUUAGGAACUGUGAACUAAUUAUUGCUUUCUGAUACUCUGCUCUUACUUGUUUUGCCUUUUAAUCCUGAUUGUUUGCAUUCCUAGGACUGAUUUGCCUUUCUGAUGCAAUGCCAUGUGAUCUGCUGAUUAAUUUUUGUGAGCAAUCAUAAACUCCAACCUAUGGCUGACUCCAUAUAUUUUUAUGCUACGCUCCAUAAACAUUCAUUCAUUUAUUAUGAUUACUGUGUGGAAACAGACUUUUACAGGCUAAUAAACUUGGAUUUGAACUGGA